GAUGUCUUCACCUGAAUUUAAGGUUUUGUCACAAGAUGAACUCCGGAAAAGACUGUAUCAGACGUUUAAGAACCGAGGUGUUUUGGACACACUGAAGACACAGCUUCGAAACCAGCUCAUACAUGAGCUAAUGAAUCCAGUUUUAAGUGGAAAAAUUCAGCUACAAACUGUUUCUAAUGAGUGCAGUUCAUUGUUAAUUAGUGCUUCUAACAGUCUGGUGGCAGAUCACCUGCGCAGAUGUGGAUAUGAAUAUUCACUAUCAGUCUUCUACCCAGAGAGUGGAUUAGAAAAGGAUAAGCUGCUUACUAUGCAAGAUCUCCUGCAUCUGAUGAGGAUCAACCCAAAGACAGACCUUUACAAAACACUGAUUUCAGCCUCUCAAAAGGAUAAUGCAAAAGGUUUUCUUGUACAGGUUUUAAUGGAGCUGAUAGAGCAUAAUCUCUGUAAGGAGACGUGUAACACAGAAACUCAGACAGGUCCCAUGCCACCUUACAAAGAGUCUCUUGCUGAGAAACUUCAAUUGAUUGAUGAACAGUUUGCAGACAAGUAUCCUCAGCGCCACAUAUCUGAGUCUUUAGAAGUAAAGCUCAUUGAAUACAGAAAAGAAAUAGAAGACCAGCUUCAGGCAGAAAUGGCUCAAAAGUUGCAUCAUUUCAAAGAGGUUGAAAUGGCUAAAAUUAAAAUGGAUGAAAGAGCACAAUCCCAGAAAGAAAUCUCAGAACUUCGGAGAGAGUUUGAAAAAGCUCACCAAACCAAGUCAGAGGCUCUAACUUCACGUGAAAGAAAUGCUAUUGCAAGGCUUCAGAAGCAGCAAGAGAUUGAUGCCAGAGAGAUUUACGUACAAAGACAAAGUCUGCUGAAAGAUAUUGAAACAAUAAGAAGUCGAGAGGCAGAACUGAAGCAGAGAGUGGAAGCUUUUGACCUUGCUCAGAAGCUUCAAGAAUCAAAAAAUAAGACUGUGGAAGAUGCUCUGCAUCGUCGAGAGGUAGCUGUGAAGACAAUUGAGGAGACUUAUGAUCAGAAGCUGAAGAGUGAACUCUUGAAGUAUCAGCUGGAACUGAAGGAGGAAUACAUAGCUAGAACCAAGAAGAUUACUGAAGAAGAGGAAAAAAAUAAAGAGAGAGCUAUGUUUUUACGUAAAGAGGCAAUUUCUGUUGAUUCAAAAAAGGAAGAAUUCAAACAAGCUGUUUCAUAUGCAAAAGAGCUUGAGCGGGAACUAGAUUCAGUCAAGGCUCAAGAGUUGUUAUUAAGUAAGCAGAAUCAAUUGUUGACUGAAAAACUGAAAGAAGUCUCAGAUUAUCCUUUGCUAAAAGAGGAGAAAAUGGAGCUUCAGGUACAGAUUAAGAUACUUCAGCAACAGUUGGAGGAGACACGCAGUGACAACAUUCAACUCAGAGAUAAGCUGACUCAACCAUCAUCUGAAUAUAUUGUCCUUCAAGCAGAACUGAAAAGAGUAGAACAAGCUAGAAAACUUGAACAUGAUGAGUCUGAAACUCACAAGCAGUUCCUGGAAAAACAAUUACAAAACGAGGUCGAUAAUUGUGUACAACUAAAGGCCCAGUUGUCAGAAUGUGAGAAUACAAUCAGGAAGUUAAAUGCACAAGUGGAAGACCUGAAGUUACAACUGAAGCAAACGCAAACAGCACUAGAGAAUGAAGUGUAUCGGAAUCCUAAACCAUCUUUGGUCGAUCGUUCUGUCAUUGACUUCACUGGUGACAGGACUGUGCCUCGUGAUAUUUAUGUAGAAGGUGCUUUCUUAACCUCUGUGCCUGUAACUGGUGAUAUUGGAAUGGAAAAUCCUUCAAAUCGGAAUCCUUGUCAUACCCUGAAGUCCACCACUUCACCAGAUUCUGAUUUAGAAUUUGUUGCUAAUACGAAGACGAGGAUAAAAGAAUUAGAGAGAGAAGCUGAAUAUUUAGAAGAAGCUUACAGGAAUUACCAGCACAGAGUCACUCAGAGCAAUGUUGGCCCAGCAAAGACCCAGUCUUCUUCACCUUUUUCAAAAAACUUUAAUGUUUCUUAUCAAAGACCUUGGCUUGCACAGGAUGAGCUGGCCUCCCAGGACUUUGCCCUUAGUUAUCCAAAAAGUAAAAAAUAUAACUGGACAGCCGGAAAUGGGUAUCAGUUUAAAAAUCAUCUCACCCCCCCACAAAAGAGAGCUGUUUCUUCUAGGCGUCUGUCUUCUACUCCAGUUUCCAAGACCAAGAGAAACAUCAGUCACAAACUGUUUUCUGAAGAUACACCUGGGUCCUGCCUUGGAGCGUCCCAUCGGAGAGCUGACCAGCCUCUCUCUCCUAUUCUAAGAACAGACAAUCCUUCACCUCCUGACUCUGUUUCUAAUACAUCAGCAGCUUCUUCUCCAGUGCCCAGUGAACAAAAUAUGAGUCUUCAUAACCAGGAGGAUGAAAAUCAGGAUGUUGGUGACUCUGUAAAGCCCAAGAAACUCAUGUAUGAAGACCUUGAAAGUCAUGAGUCUGCCAAUGAAUAUCAAGAGGACAUUCCAGAACAAUUCGAAAGCAAUGUGUCACAUCCAUCCGGGCACAUUGUUAGCGGAAGCCAAGGCCCAGUCUCUGUGCCUCCAACAGUUACUUCUCAGCUGGCAACAAGUGGAGCAGAACUAACAGCCAUAGAGAAUCAAAUGCAACUUGAAGAACAGCAAGAGGAGGAGGAAAAAUGGGAAGAAGAAAAGAGGAGCAGAGAAGAAAGAAGGUUGAGAGAGAGACAAGAAGCUUUGGAAAGAGAACAAGCAGAACUGGAAAAACUGAAUGAAGAAAUGCAUACUCGAGAGUCGACGACAACUAAAGAGAGAACACAAGAUGAAAAAGCAGAAGCAUUAGAAGUGAGUCUGCUGAAAACUGAAGACCAUAGUGGUGAUGCUGUUCCUAAUCCAUUGGUAAAAUACAUGAAAAUGGUUCAACAGAAUCAAGUGCAAGAGACUGCAAACAAGACUUCCAAAAAAGAAGAUUUUGAAGUAUCAUCAGAGAGACUCCCAGGUAGCGAAAGGGAAGACAGUUUUAGUGCUGCGGGCAGCCUUCAGGGAGAACCCGAUGAAGAUUUCUGGUGAACAUCAACUACCUGCCUAGAAAGAUGGACGUAAGAAAAACAUCAUGCAGCAAGAUGCU